AUGCCUCGAGUGGAUGCUGACCUCAAACUGGACUUUAAAGAUGUCCUGUUCAGACCAAAGAGGAGCAGUCUGAAGAGCAGGUCAGAGGUGGAUCUCCAGAGGACCUUCACAUUCCGUAACUCCAAACAAACCUACAAUGGGAUUCCCAUCAUUGCUGCUAACAUGGACACCACUGGCACCUUUGAGAUGGCCCAGGUCAUGAGCAAACACACGCUCUUCACUGCAAUUCAUAAGCACUACUCCCUGGAGGAGUGGAAAACGUUUGCAGCCAGUCACCCAGAAUGCCUGGAGCAUGUGGCAGCCAGCUCAGGCAGCGGCAAGGCCGAUCUGGAGAAGCUGUGCAGCAUCCUGGAGGCUAUUCCGCUAAUCAAGUACAUCUGCUUGGACGUGGCCAAUGGGUACUCGGAGUACUUUGUGGAGUUUGUCAAAACGGUUCGCCAGAAGUUCCCCAAUCAUACCAUUAUGGCCGGUAAUGUGGUGACAGGGGAAAUGGUGGAGGAGCUCAUUCUGUCUGGAGCUGAUAUCAUUAAAGUGGGCAUUGGACCAGGUUCUGUAUGUACCACUCGCAUUAAAACGGGUGUGGGUUAUCCACAGCUAAGUGCUGUUAUUGAGUGUGCAGAUUCGGCCCAUGGCCUGAAAGGACACAUCAUCUCAGAUGGAGGCUGCAGCUGUCCAGGAGAUGUUGCCAAAGCCUUUGGGGCAGGGGCCGAUUUCGUCAUGUUGGGGGGCAUGUUCGCAGGACACGACCAGUGUGCGGGCGACGUUAUCGAGAAGGACGGCAAGAAAUACAAACUGUUCUACGGAAUGAGUUCGGACACAGCCAUGAAAAAAUACGUGGGCGGAGUCGCAGAGUACAGGGCGUCAGAGGGCAGGACAGUGCAGGUGCCCUACAAAGGUGACGUAGAGGGCACCAUCAGGGAUAUCCUGGGGGGGUUACGCUCCACCUGUACCUAUGUGGGAGCAGCCAAACUCAAAGAGCUCAGUAGGAGGACCACCUUCAUUAGAGUCACACAACAAUCCAGCCAAAUGUUCACCUAG